CGGCGGGCGUGCGGGAUGAGUGGGUCCCUGGGCCGGGCGGCGGCGGCUCUGCUCCGCUGGGGGCGCGGCGCGGGCGGCGGCGGGCUGCGGGGCCCGGGCGUGCGGGCGGCGGGCUCCGACGGCGGCGGCGGCUCGGCGGAGCGGCUGGACGCGAUGGUGAAGAAGGACAAGGUGGUGGUCUUCCUCAAGGGCACGCCGGAGCAGCCCCAGUGCGGCUUCAGCAACGCGGUGGUGCAGAUCCUGCGGCUGCACGGCGUCAGCGACUACGCGGCCUACAACGUGCUGGACGACCCCCAGCUCCGGCAAGGCAUUAAAGACUAUUCCAACUGGCCCACCAUCCCGCAGGUGUUCCUCAACGGCGAGUUUGUGGGGGGCUGUGACAUCCUCCUGCAGAUGCACCAGAACGGGGACCUGGUGGAGGAACUGAAAAAGCUGGGCAUCCGCUCCGCCCUCCUAGACGAAAAGCAAGACCAGGACUCAAAGUGAGGGCCGGCCUCCGCGCAGGGGCCGCCAGGAGCCUCGCCGCGUGCGCUGCUCAGGCGCCGACCCUCCCGCCCUCCGGGAGCAGCGGUGGUUUGUGUGUCUGGUGUGUGGGCUGAGGGUGUGAACUUCAUUAUAACCACUGCACUGUCAUCGCCGGGCGUCGAAUUUUCCUGUUGCUGUAAGCAGACUUCUUCUCAUAGCCAUUUGCUGUUUGCCUGACUCAGGAGGAAGACGACGAGCUUUUGGGUCAUGAUUCAUGAAUCCCCUGCCAGUGUGUCCGUCUGCAAAGAUAACGUACCCCCCAACGUUUUGUAACGUGCUCUUUAAGAAAAAUGAUGGGCAAGGGAGAGAACACGAUAACCGAGGGGUAGUUUUUCAAAAUAAACCGCGAGGGGUACGGCGUGUGAGUGUUCAUUCCGA